AAAAGUAGAAGAAUAGAAGAAAAAAAUGACAAUAGUAAUAGGAACAAUAGUAGUGGUAAUAAUAAUAAUAAUAAUAAUAAUAAUAAUAAUAAGACAAAGAGAUCAAACAUGACAAAUACAUACACUAGAAACUACAAACAACAAUAAUAACGGGAAUACGUAUGUGGCAAUAAAUAAUACUAAUACUA